CGCUCUCCUCCCCUUGCAGAGCUGUGCGGCGGCCGAGUCCGGCUGCGCUCGCCCGUGGCCGCCCCCCGGCCCGGGCCGUACCGGCCUCCCGCGGCGGGAGAAGGAUGGCGUUGAAGCGGAUCCAGAAGGAGUUAACGGACCUGCAAAGGGACCCCCCGGCCCAGUGUUCCGCCGGGCCCGUCGGGGACGACCUGUUCCACUGGCAGGCCACCAUCAUGGGUCCGAACGACAGCCCGUACCAAGGUGGCGUCUUCUUCCUGACCAUCCACUUCCCAACAGAUUACCCUUUCAAGCCCCCAAAGGUCGCUUUCACCACCAAAAUCUAUCACCCCAACAUCAACAGCAACGGCAGCAUCUGCCUCGACAUCCUGAGGUCCCAGUGGUCUCCGGCGCUGACGGUUUCGAAAGUCCUCCUGUCCAUCUGUUCCCUGCUCUGCGACCCCAACCCGGACGACCCUCUGGUGCCGGAGAUUGCCCACACCUACAAGGCAGACAGAGAGAAGUCAUGCUUGAAGGCAGAAGAUUCAAUACAAAAAGAGAUACUUGAUCACCUCGCCGGGGAGUACAACAGAUUAGCCAGAGAAUGGACACAGAAAUACGCUAUGUGAGUGCCCAAAGAUCGCCAGGGAAGCAUUUGGAUCCGAAGUUUACCGGCCGACGACAUCCCCUCGCUGAAGUUCUUGGCCGUCUUCCGUCUCCUCCGCGGCUUGUGCCAUUCACGAAGGCUCUCCUACUCCGGACGGACACUGGUCUCCCACCGGUUUUUAGCCCCCUCCCCCGACGCUCCCCUGCCGUCCCCCGGAUCCCGUCAGCGUCGUGGCCGGGAAGCCAGGAUCAGCCAGGCGCCACCGUUCGCUGAGGGCUCCAGCCGUCCGGAGAAGACUGGAACCGGCCCCUCUUCUCAGGCCCGCCGGGCCUCACCCCCAAACACGGGCAUCCCCGGCUCCAGCCUCACUGCCUCACGGUGCCCGCUCGUGUCCUUAAUGCUGCCCAGGAGGACCUGGCUGGGUGCCCCGACGCAUCGGCCCGGGCCUGGCAGAACCGAGCUCCGAAGGGACCGUGCCACCGAGACGGCCAGCCCCGGGGUCUGGGCUGCCCCCCGGGCACCUUCCGGCCGCCUGGCUCGCCCAGGAACAGUGAGCAGGUCAGAGCACUGGUCAGACUUCCUGUCUGUUGUGGCUUCCUCGGGCCUCUGGAAAUGUGGGUCUUGUCUGGGACGGGUAGGGGGUCCUCAAUCAGUGGUAUUUGUUGAGCGCUUACUGUGUGCAGAGUGCUGUACUAAGCGCUUGGGAGAGAACAGUAAAACAGAGUUGGUAGCACGUGUUCCCUGGCCACAAGAAACUUAAUCUAGAGGAAGUCUAAAGUCUUCAGCGGGCCAGUUAUCGAUCGACCCCUUCCUGUUCGCCACCUCCCGCCCGCCUCCUAGUCAGUCAAGCAGGAGGUGCCAGUGGGGAGGCAGGGAUGGGUCCAUUUUGGCUCUUUUCAGCCCUAAUUGGAAACUCUCGGGUCUCAUCGGAAACAUGGGAUGGGCAAGGCCGGGAACCCAGCUGACCCGGAGAGAGGACACCCUACAGUCUGAGCGGCUACUGUGUGCAGAACGCUAAACCAAGCACUUGAGAGAGUAAAACAGGAGCAAAAGCCACGGUUCCUGCCCUCAAGGGGCUCUUCAUCUCCCGGCUCUUCCUCUCGGCCCUGCUUCUGCAAGGACGAGGUGGGGGAUGGUGUCUUGCGCACCUGAGGAGCGAUAACAUUUUGGGACGAGAAGGCUUUGGUGAGAGAGGGCCAUAGAAGUGGGGACUGGGAGGCUCACCGAGAUGGGCCAGCAGAAAACAGAUCAGGGCUACCUCCCAAGGGAGGUUUGUGGCCCCGCCGCUUUGGUUACCGGACUGCCCCUCCAGACCCCAAGUCCUGAAAAUGGAAAAAGUAACGGCCCGGCUCGAGGAAAAGCCCAGGCCCGUGUAGCUUGCUCCCGGCUUCAAAAGAGGUCAGGAGUUCCUCGGAACUUUGGGUUCGAAGGUCUUCGGCUCCCACGUUCGUCGCCCGCUUCGGGCCCCCUUUGGGUUCACCCGUCUCCUUACCGAACGCUCUCGGGCCACCCAGCUUCCCUCCCUUAGGCAGGUGGGCAUUCGGAGGAUACGUGGAGGAGCUGGGCACCCACGGGAUUGUGUUGAGGCAAACGAGGCCCUUGCCUGAGAGAGUUGAGGGACUCCGGACCCCUUUUUUGCCGACUGGUUUGGGGCCCCCCUCCCCCCAGAAUGCACCUUCUGCACCGACACAGCUGGCCCUCCAGACCCAACCCGGUGGUCUCCAGGGUGGCCGCGGGCCAGCCUGCAGGCGAGCCUUCUUCCAGGGGCAGGUGGGAAGUUUAAGUCUGUUUCCGCUCCCGGCCUCCCCGUCGCCCGGCUCAGCCCCCCGCCCCGAAACCCAGCCAGUCCCUUACUGUGACGGUUUCCAUCUUCCCUCAAGAUGUGAAGAAUCUGUUUACCGCACCGUUGGCCACGCGAGUGUGUUUCCUUUGUAGGGCAGGAAGGGCGUGGCCUCUGUGGGACCGUGGUCACUCGACGGCUCCAGCGGGGGAACUUCAUCCUGGCGGCCACCUCCAAAAUCAUGUUCUCGCUAACUGUGAAUCUUCUGUUGGUGCAUAAAUGAAAUAAACGGUGAUCCUUUCGUA